AUGGCUCCAGCGAGCGACGACCAGCUGGUCAGAGUGUCUACCGAAGCUGCCACCGACCUUGUUCAAACUUUUUACGGGGCCCUCACAUCGAACCGCGAAACCAUCGCGUCAUUUUACGACCCAGCACCCUCUAAAAUCCUUUUCAACGGCAACACUGUGGCGGACGGUGCUGCGGUCCAAGAUAUCUUUGUCAACCAAAUGCCACACGCACACUACGAAGCCCAAUCAUAUGAUUGCCAAGUUAUCAACCGCGCAUACCCCACUGUUACCGCUUCUGGUUUGAAGCCGACCACCGAGAUGACCGUCAAGGACAUGUCGAUCUUGGUGAUCGUCAGUGGACACGUGCGGUAUGGAGAGAACCGUGACCAGCCCCAGCGAGGCUUCAGUGAAACAUUCGUCCUUGUGCCCAAUCCAUCUACUGAGCGCGGCAACAAGCGCCGGCGAGACUGGUUGAUCCAAAGCCAAAACUUCCGCCUUGUGGUCUGA